AAGCGGCAGAGGGCGCACCUCCGGCCUAGCACGGGCCCUCGCCGCAGCUGCGACGGCGACGACCUCACCCCUCGAGCAGCGCAACGCGCCCGAUUAUGGGCACUCCUCCACGACACGACCCCGCAGCAGAACCAUGAGCGAUGUCGAGUCUGCGGCAGCCAAGCUCGCCGAGCUGCUCCGGCACCCCGAGGACCUCGACAAGAUCCCCGCCCUCAAGGCCGAGUUCACGCGCAAGAAGGCCGCCGUCGAUGGCCAGCUGCGCAUCGGCCUGCGCGAGCAGCUCGAGGUGACGCAGGCCGGCAUGAGCAGCAUCACCGACGGCCAGCGCGCAGUCAACCUGAUCAAGGAGGAGAUGAUGAAGAUCGACAAGCUGUGCGCCGAGUCGCACAACAUGAUCCAGGACUUUCCCCACAUCAACCUCGUCGCCCAGACGCACAAGAACUUUGAGCAGGUCGAGAAGAUGAAGCGCGACAUCGACACCUUCCAGCAGCGCAUAGAGAACCUCGAGUACCUGCUCGGCCAGGACGACCAAGACCCCGCCAACCAGCCUAACCUGCUCGAGGUCCACUACGGUCUUACGCAACUGCGAGAAGUCAGGGACGAUGCGAUACGACAGAUCAAAGCCUCCGAAGACUCGUCCACUGAGCUGAUUGACAACUUGACACUGGAAUCCGGUGGGACCGUCCAGGAUCUCUUCACACGCUUGGACGAGGUCAUUGAGUGGUUCGAUGCGCAUAUUGGCGAAGCUUGUUUGAAUCUCAUUGAGCUGGUGCAGUCCGGCAAUGAAGGCAUGGUGGUCAGGCUGGCCUUGAUCAUCGAAGAGGAAGAGAAGUCGGACAAGAAGGCCAAAGCAUUGCAGGAUGCCCAGCGCGAAUACAAGGACCUGGCCUCGCGCUUCAAGUCGAUAGCUGCGGGCUCCACCGAGCUGCGCGGUUACAAAGAGAAGUUUCUCAAGUCGAUCGAAUUUGUAUGCAAAACAAACUUCGAACAGUCGAAUGAAAAGUUCAUGGACGAUCCCGAAAAGGUGGACAAGUAUUUUAAGUGGUACUUCAACAACCUCUUCGUGGUGCAACAAGGCAUGGUGAACCUGAUGCCCAAGAAGUGGAAGAUCUUCAAGACCUAUGGUAACAUAUACCACAAGAACAUGCACGACUGGCUACUGGGGAUCGCGGAUGACGAGGGCUUGGGCCCGCAGUAUCUCCUUGCCAUCAUCAACUGGGUCGACAAAUACUACGCCAAGAUGCAGAAACUGGGCUUCGCUGAAGACGACCUUCAGCCACAUGUCGUCGACAAUCGCGUACCUGAGCUGGUGCGGAACUACCGGCAGAUCAUCAUCGAUAGAGUCGAAGAAUGGAUGACCAACAUCGCCAACACCGAGAAGAAACAAUUUGCAGAACGAGACCAAAGCGACAUCAGCCAGAAUGUGGACGGUUACCUUCAGACGAAGACGUUGGCAGAUAUGUGGACGAUGCUGGGCCAGAACCUCGCCAUUGCACAAAACAGCGACCGAACAGACGUGGCUGAGGGUGUCAUUGAGUCCAUGUUCCGGGCUCUGUCCUCUCGACAGCGCAUGUGGCAGUCGCUGGUGGUAGCCGAGAAAGCCAAAUACUCCUCACCCAGCUCUUCAACCGAAGGGUCCAGCGAGUUCCAGGAGUGGCUUAUUGCCAUUGCAAACGAUCAGAUCAUCUGCAUCGAUGAAUCUGACGAAUCUCAAACGUCUUUCUUGGGCAACUUCGAGCGGGAUAUCACUCCUCUCGUCUCGCCCGCCUACGCUCCAACCCUGACCGAGCAAAUCAACAGCCUAAAAGACAGCUACGUCGAUGUCGCGACUGAGUUUAUCCAAGCAUGGUGCCAGAUGAUUUUCUACGUCGACUUCCGCGACACCCUCAAGAAUAUGUUCACAGCCGACUGGUACAGCUCAAGAGACAUGGAGCAAAUGGUCAUCACCUUUGCAGAUUACAUGAGCGAUUACGAGAAUGCCGUGCAUCGAGCGAUCUUUGAGCUACUUGUCAUGUCACUUGCAGAUCAGUUGCUGAUCCACUACCUCUCAGCGGUCCGCAACAAAGGCGCGAAAUUCAGGCGCGCCGAUCCCUUCACCGAGAAGAUCAAGGACGAUUGCUUCACAGCAUUUGAAUUCUUUAGUCGAUAUGAGUGUGGGCCAGAAGUGAAGGAGAAGUGGCGCGUCAUACAAAUGUUCGUGAUGUUGCUCUCCGAGGACAAAGCCAGGAUCCCGAUUGUGUACGAGCAAUUCAAGAACGGUUACCCAGACUUGCACAUCGGCUGGGUUGAGGCGGUGCUCAGGGCUAGAGACGAUUUUGAGCGCAGCAUGCUGAACGCCGUCAAAGCGAAGGCGGCGGAGAUGACGGUUGAUCCCGCGCAGCAGUACGAAACAAUCAUGUCACAAGUCAAAUAGAGUGCCGGAGUAUUGUAUGAAGUUCUCAAUUGUCAUUUGAGCUCGGCGUUGGAAGGCGUUCACUGAUGGCAUCGUUCGUAUAUCCGGUUGCGGCAAGAAGGCAUUGGCAGUCUAUCUUCAAUAUUGAAAGCAGCAUCAACAUUCCCAAAAUCUGCUCGAUGUUGUUCCACACUACGCUUUCACGCACGACACGUCAUUUAAUCGGGGUUGGAUCUGUUUCCUGGAACAACGAAUUAUCUUGCGGAGGGUGGCCUCGCGUUUCGUUUCACCGUGCACAAAAUGACAUACCCGCUCGUUAGAUUAGCGAAGUCGAACUCGUCGUUUCAAACACGCGCCUCUUCCGGCGAUCGUGCACAAACUUCCGCACGUCCCUGCGCCAAUUCCCACUCUGAACCGCGUGUGCUCCAUCGCCAACGUCAUUGAACGACGGGUCAACGAGGCGGAGCACCAGCACGCUU